AUGGCUACAUUAUUGACGCGGUCUUCGCGUCCAGUAAUACACAAUUUUCGUCAAUUGACUCAAUCUAGACCGGGGAAUCAUGUUCUCUCCCUGCUGUCCUCAGAACCACCAAACACCGAUCUAGCCAUUGGCACUACAUCGAAACUUCCACCUACUCCAGACUCUUUCACGCAAAAUUCCAAAUUUUUGAAGAUUCUUGAUGAGGUUGUGGCUGAACAUGCCGUCGAAGAUCCCGAGGUUCAAUCCCAAGCUCAAGUGAUGGUGUCCACGGCGGGUGCCAACUUGGGUUCGGGUGGCUUCUUCUUCGCGCCUCAACACAACCAGAGGAAGAGGUCUGGAUACGGACAGGGAUUGAACACUGGUGGUGAUUCUGCAGGUGGUGCGAGCGGACAAGGUGGUGCUGGCUCUGGCGGAAGGGGUGGCUGGAUUCAUGUAUCUGAUAACCGCCGGCCGCCAGAGUAUGGUCGGAUUGCGUGGCCUGAGGAUAUUUUCGGCAGUGUCGAAGUCGAUGGCAAUGGAAACUUUGUCGGAAACAACGGGAAUUACCAAUCUAGUGGAACCUAUCGAAUCAUUACCCGUGACGGGAUUCUCGGACUGAGCCCGUUCCUGCGAGAGAAGCUAGUUGAACGACUUCGAAAGGCCGGUUGA